CUCCGUUAGGGUGAGGUGGGCAUCAGUGCCUGUGUGACGUUUGAGGCGGUGACGGGGGAGAGUGUGAACUCUCACAUUGAUCUGGAGAACCACGGCAGCACAGCCAUCUACUACAACUGGCAGAAGAUCCCACACACACACAGCUUCAUGGAGGCCCGCGCCGCACACACACACACACAGAGCUUCUACUUCAACACCACGAUGGGUGUGAUCCUGCCAGGGGAGCGGCAGCGUGUGUUGUUCACCUUUAAGAGUGCGCGUGCGGGCAUCCUGGGCGAGGUGUGGCGUCUCAACACACACCCCGUCCUGCUGGGCGGGGCCACCCUGCAGCUCACACUCCGCGGAGUGGCGCUGUACCAGGACACCACGGCACCACAGAGACACGCCCUGCAGAUGGAGAUCCAGCAUAAAGAGGCUGUGUCAGUGUGUGUGUCUCUGGUCUCUGAUCUCUUACGUGGGAUUCGCACUCCAGAGAGACCCAGCUCUCCUGCCCAGCUCUACAGAACAGAGGAGGACCACUUCCUCAGCAUUAACCCAAAGCUCCAUUACCACUGUGAGACCAUUGAAGCCCUGAAGAAUCUGUGGAAGGAAGCGACCUCCUCUGUGCAUUGUGAUGUCAUAGACCCACCAGCCACUGAGCAGCAGGAGUGGGAUCUCUCUGUCCCCACCCUCAGACAGGCGGUGUUGGCUCUGCCCAAACUAGACUCGGCGGUGGAGGUGGAGGUGGAGGCGGAGGGCCUCCGCAGGGGGGGGGCUCUGGAUCAGCUCAACGCCCUGCUGCUGAUGCUCCAGUCCCCCCCUGAGCCUCCUCCAUCCCUGACACGAGCCACCAUUGGGCUGCAGCUGUGGAGGGAGCUGGCGGACGGGUUGGUGCUGGAGGCCACGGGCCUGAGGCAGACUCUGGGGAUGCCGGAGGUGAGGACCUGGUUGGAGAUCCUGCCGGAACCGCAGGAGGAGUCCAAAUUACACUGA